AUGGAAUUGCAAGAAAUGUUCCGAUACGGAUACCUGUUUCCACCCCAGGAAGACGUGCUCCCGACAUACCUCGAGCUUCCCAGCUACACGUACAUCAAGGAGAAGAACGGACUGCCGCCAGUGAGCACCCUUAGCGCCUUAUCGACGUCGCAGUGUCUCGCCUACGACCAUAACAGCGACGGUUGGCACACACCGAGUCCAGCGGCAAGUUUGAGGUCCAUAAGCCCAGCGACGACAUCGGUUUCGUCGGAAUCUGAGACCUGUGCUUCGCAGCAGGACAAGAAGUACAAGACGUUGUUGGUUGCGGCUAAGAAUACAACGAUUAUUACGAAUGAUCUGCACGAGAGAUCCGGGACGAGAAUUGAACAGGAUAAAAUGUCGUCAUCGAGGCAGAGCGUCGUGAGCAAUAGCAGUGGCGGUCUUUCGGACAGGAUGGACCUCGAGGAGAGCGACGCCGAGGACAGCGACAUGGAACAGGACACCUGCAGUGAGCCUGCAAGGAGAGGAAAGGACGUCAGUACGACGGUUGUUCGUAAAAGAAGACUCGCGGCGAAUGCCAGGGAACGACGACGCAUGCAGAACCUGAACAAGGCUUUCGACAGACUUCGCACCUAUCUUCCGUCGCUCGGUAAUGACAGACAACUGUCCAAGUACGAGACUCUGCAGAUGGCUCAAUCCUACAUAACGGCGUUGUACGACUUGCUUCAAUAG